AUAACUGGGAAAAUAUAUUUAAUAAGAGACAGCUAUUAUGGAUUUAAUUUAAUAAUAAUUGUCUUUUAACACGAUUCCACCUGAACGAUUUCAUAAUAUGGUUUAAGUAUGACACCCUGGUGGUUGAAUUGAAUGUGAUCAAUUUUGUUUCAUUUAUUGGUUACCGGCAUAAUUAAGAAGGGAAGAAGAACUUUAUGAAGGUGAACAUGUCUAUAUAUACCUACACUGAAGAUGGAGAGAAAACCACAUUGCAAAGAAAAGGAAGCGAUUCGGGAGAUACUAAUACAUUCCUCUGAGCUUCGGCGCUGGCAACUCUGGAUAGUGAUGCUGAGAAAACUAUCUUUUAUUCCGGGAAAAUUACUCAGGUACUACAGUAUGAACACACAUAUGCGUACUGUUACUACAGGGCCCCGGGUGGUUCAGCAGACUUAUGGGCCGCCAGAUGACUCGAGGACUGAUCCUCCAGAUUCCUGUAUCGAUAGAGUCCCUCGUAGUAUUCGUGCAGGAAAGAAAGAAGCCUACACUCCUAAAAUACUUUCAAUAGGCCCUUUACACCGUAGAGGAGAAGAAUUACAAGACAUGGACGGACGAAAAGAGCGUCAUGAGGAGGGGUUUUUCAGACGAACUGAAAGGAAUCGUGAGUAUUUUUCAGAGAUCAUCAAUACACACAGCAAUCAGAUACAAAAUUUUUAUUCAGGGACCUCUAACCUCGAGAAUGAUGAGCAUUUUGAUAUGAUUCGACGUGAUGCUAUUUUUAUCUUAGAGCUCCUUUUGAGGAAUUUUGAGGGAAAUGCAAAUGACAGGUUGUUAAGGAUACCAGCUGAUAAACUUGCUUUAAAGUUGGACUUGCUGUUACUGGAAAAUCAACUUCCAUAUUUCUUACUCGAGGAAAUAUACAAUUCAAUUCGCAGUAGCCUCAGUAACCUCGGAAACCCGUCCUUCAUUAAAAUUUGUUUAAAAUUCUUCAGGCCUCUGUUUUUUAGUUCUGAUGUAUCUGACGAACAUGGAUUCAUGCAUUUCACGGAUAUGCUAAGAGAUACUCUAGUGCAAAACUUCCGAGCAGAGGACCGUCCUGAAGAUUAUGAAGGUAACGAUUCAGAACCGUUACCUUGUGCCACGAAGCUACAUGAAUCAGGAGUGAAAUUUACACGAGAUCAAUCGCCGUCCUUACUUGAGGUAAAAUUUGAAGGAAGCGAGCUGAGAAUGCCACUACUUUCAGUUCACCACAAGACAGAAACUCUGCUUCGGAACAUAAUGGCUUUGGAGCAAUGUAAGUAUCACAGUCGUACUAUCGUCUGUGAUUAUGUUAUACUGCUAGAUGAUCUUAUUGAAGACGAAAGGGAUACGCAGUUGCUUGUUGAUGCGGGAAUUAUUUCCAACUCCAUUGGCGACUGCAAGGCAUUAGCCAAUUUGUUCAACAAACUUAGCGUGGAAAUUUGUUCAUCUGGAUAUCAUUACAAUUAUAUUUACCAGGGUCUGAAGGGUCACUAUAACAGUAAAUACAAUCGAGACAUGGCAAAAUUGAAAAGCGUGUAUUUUGGUGAUAUCUGGAAAGGUACAGCAACUAUUGGAGCUUCUGUACUCUUGAUACUCACUUUUCUACAAACCAUAAAUUCUUUCAAGCGAUAGUGAAUUAGUUAUUUUGCAUUUGAAGCGUUGUCCGUUCAUUAUUAUUGAUAAUAAAAGCUUUCUAUUUACAUAUUAUUCAUUUUUAA